AUGGAUUUCAUCAAGACCAGUUCCCUGCGUGCUCUGAUUGAGUUAACUUUCCAACGCAACUGGAACGGCCUCAUUUGGAUGAGUAGAAAAGGAGUUAUAGCCAAAAGAGUGAAGACUGUCCAGCGCUCUAUCGAGAAUCAGCGCCGAACCGCGCAGCGGCUGGCCGAGGAACGAAUGUUCCGCGCUCGGCCAAAACCAUCCGUCCGUCUGAAGUCUCGGCCAAAGUUCAACCAUCCGGCCGAUCACGAUCACGACCCGGGAAGCAAGCCCGCGGUCGGCCACGCCACAACCGCCACGCCACGCCGCGCACGACCAUGCCGCGCGAGCCGGGAAAAGCCUCGCGGCCGCGCAACCUAUCUCGCGUACCACGGCCGAUGUCCGUCCGAGCCGGGAAAACGUCCCACGUCCGGCCGAGAAACCAUCGGCCAAAUCCUCACCCGUCCGACCACACCGGCCGACCGUGAAAUCAUCCGGCCACGACCGUUCCGACCGACCACGACCCGACUGUCCGGCCGACCGUCCCGACCGACCGUCCGAACGCCGCGGUCGACCCGAAGCCGUUUUUGA